AUGGAUGUUGGCGCACUGGUGUUCUAUGGGCGCCGGCGCUACGUGAAGCUGCUCAAUGUCUACCUGGAGCGCAACCUGGCCAAGAACGGGGGCAUCCUGGAUGAGGUGGUCUUUGCCAUGCGUACGGGCAAGAAAGAAGACUUGGACUUUCUAGAUGUGCUGCUGGCCCGCCACCCAGGCGUGUACCGGCGCAGCGGCCCCGGCAAUUUGAAGGCCACUGGCGUUCAUUGGCAGGAGUCAUACGCCAUCGCGCGGCCCGGCUGCAUCUAUGUGAAGAUUGAUGAUGACAUCAUCUUCAUUCAGGACGGUGCAAUAGAGGCGCUUGUUGAGGAGAAGCUGCGAGGGCACUAUCUGUUCGUAUCCGCAAACAUUGUCAACCACCCUCUGCUGUCCUACGUGCAUGCGCAGCUGGGAGCGCUGCUACCCUAUCAUCAACCCCCCAAGGGGCUUAGUCCCCUGGACGCCUACAAACCCUUUGAGCUGGCUGACUCAGCCGACGUCCUGGAUGACUCACCCGCGCGCACAUCCACGUAUGCAAUAAACAGCAGCUGCUUCCAUGAGAAUUGGGACUGCGCGGCGGUGUCACACUACUCCUUUCUGCAUCACCUGCGCGCCGGCAGCCUAAGUGCUUUUGAGUUCAGUACCUGGGAUUUGUGCUAUCCUGACUACCACCGCUGGAGCAUCAACUUCUUCGCCUUCAACUCCUCUGACCUGGCCGGCGACCUCCUUACUAACGACACUGACGAUGAGACGUACAUAUCCCAACUGCUGCCGGCGUACCGAAAGCAGCAUGCUGCGGCAGUGGGAAGGACAGCGCUGGUCGUGCAUUAUGCAUACUUCACUCAAGAGAAGGACCUCCUCUUGAACGCGCCCGGCCUGCUUCAGGAAUACAGCAGGGUGGCAGAGGAGUAUGCCAAUGGGACAAUUAUUCAAAAAGAGGUGAUAGAGAAGCCGCUCAAGGGGCAGUUUGGGCUGGUGCUUCCCAACGAGAAGGUUGUGCCUCUGGACGACCCCAAUGAUCAGAUGGAGAUUGCGCAGAAGACUGCCACGCUGGGAGGGGAAUUCGGCUACUAUGAGAAGGACUAUGUGGACUUCAAUGGCACUGACACUAAACUGGCUGACGACUGGGUAUGA